AUGAUUGAAGGUUAUAGUAUUGGGAUAAGAGCUAUUUAUAGUUUUAAACAGAAUAACGUUAGUCUUGUCAUGGUUUAUAAUGAAGUCGUUGGUGGUCCGAAUCCAGUAUCCAACAUAGCACCUCUGGUUGAUUCAAAUAACGUUACUUUAGAAUGGCCACGACCUGAAGGUCGUGUUGAACGAUACAUCGUAAAAUGGAAGGAAUCAUCCCAAGAUUGGAACGAGUCCGAUAUAAGAAACGUCACUCAAAAUCAAGACGAUAACGGCCCAGUUCGCUGUUUAGUUGGCAAUUUAAUGCCUGGCGUUGAAUACACCUUUUACGUCCAAUCAAUUUCAAAUAAUUUAGAAAGUGAUACAACUAUUUUUAAAGCUAGGACAAUGCCAUUGAUUCAAUCUGAAGUUCUCUUUGUUAACGAUCAACAAUCAACGGAUACUUUAAGUUUGAGAUAUACGCCAACUCCAUUGACUCUAUGCAAAUUUGAUCGUUAUAAAUUUUCUUUGUCCGAUCCGACGGUUAUGGAUCAAGAAAAACUAGCCAAUGAUGCUGAUAGAUUGGUGACUUUCAGAAAUUUAGUUCCAGGGAAAUUGUACAAUAUUUCCGUUUGGACUGUGUCACAUAAUGUUUCUUCACAACCAGUUCAAAGACAAGAUAGACUUUAUCCUGAACCAAUUACUGGUUUAUACGCAAUUUACAUUGGUGAUCACGAAGUUUGGCUGAAUUGGAGUAUCCCAAUGGGUGAACACACAGAUUUUGAAGUAACAUAUCUUACUCGUAAAGAUGAAAUAACACGACAUAUAACCUUAUUUCCUCACAUUAAAAUAAACCAUUUAAGACCUCACAAAAAUUACACAUUCACUGUGAUUGUGCGUAGUGGAACAGAGUCGAGUAUUCUCCGCACUUCAAACCCCGUUUCAAGAACGUUUACCACCGAAGAAGCAGCACCAGGAAAGGUGGCGUCGUUCGGUCCGAUUGAUGUCCAACCCUCAGAAAUUACAUUCAAAUGGAAUAUAUCACCAACAGAACAAAACGGAGUUAUUCGUCGAUUUACGAUAACUUAUGGGUUAGAGGGAUCUUCGCACACGCAAACAAGAGAUUUUUCUCCGAAUGAAUUUACAGGAAAAAUUAAACAAUUAAUUCCUGGACAUACGUAUAUAUUUACAAUUCAAGCGGAAACUAAGGUCGGAUAUGGGGCAAAUUCUACUUUUACCCAAAUAAUGCCGAUUUUAGCACCACCUCUCAGUGUUCAAGUCGUUCCAACUGAAGUUUGGAAAAGUUCGGCUGCUAUUCAAAUUCGAUUUAGGAAAAAUUAUUUCAGCGAUCAAAAUGGACCGGUUACAACUUAUACAAUAAUUGUGGCUGAAGAUGAUACGAAAAACGCGUCCGGUCUUGAAAUGCCUUCAUGGCGGGAUGUUCAAGCAUAUUACGUUUGGCCUCCGUAUCAAGUUAUAGAGCCGUAUUAUCCAUUCCAUAAUUCCAGCGUUGAGGACUUCACGAUUGGUUCGGAAAGUUGCGAUAUUCGCCAACAAGUCUAUUGUAAUGGACCACUUAAAUCUGGGGCUACUUACAGGGUUAAAAUACGAGCGUUCACAGCCCCUGAUAAAUUUACCGACACAAGUUAUAGUUUUCCGAUAAGAACAGAUCAAGAUAAUACCCCAAUCAUUCUCGGAAUCGUCAUUCCAAUAAUUUUAAUCGCGUUACUUUUUAUAACAAUAAUAAUAAUUCGUCGACGCAGAUCUGCAGGCAGAAAAGCAACGGAAUCCCAUCCGAACGAUAGCAUGUCACUUCCUGAUUCAAUAAUUGAAACAAAUCGUCCAAUAAGAAUCGAAAAUUUCUCGAAUCACUAUCGAGUAAUGUCGGCGGAUUCCGAUUUCCGAUUUAGCGAAGAAUUCGAAGAAUUAAAACACGUUGGGCGAGAACAACCCUGUACAGCGGCCGAUUUACCUUGUAAUCGUCCUAAAAAUCGUUUCACAAACAUUUUACCAUACGAUCAUUCGAGGUUUAAACUACAACCAGUUGAUGACGAAGAAGGUUCUGAUUAUAUAAACGCUAAUUAUGUUCCCGGACAUAAUUCUCCCAGAGAAUUUAUUGUAACGCAAGGACCGCUUCAUUCGACGAGAGACGAUUUUUGGAGAAUGUGUUGGGAAUCGAAUUCUAGGGCAAUUAUUAUGUUGACGCGAUGUAUUGAAAAGGGACGGGAAAAAUGCGAUCAUUAUUGGCCCUAUGAUACAAUGCCAGUUUACUAUGGAGAUAUUUCAGUACAAAUCUUAAAUGAAACAAGGUAUCCAGAUUGGAAUGUUUCGGAAUUUAUGGUUUGUAGGGGUGAUACUCAAAGAGUAAUAAGACAUUUCCAUUUUACGACCUGGCCCGAUUUUGGGGUUCCAAAUCCACCUCAUACACUCGUAAGAUUUGUAAGAGCUUUUCGUGAAAAAGUCGGAUCGGAUCAACGACCCAUUGUUGUUCAUUGCAGUGCUGGUGUUGGAAGAUCAGGAACAUUUAUCUGUUUAGAUCGAAUUUUACAACAAAUAUUGGUGUCUGAUUAUGUUGAUAUAUUCGGAAUUGUGUAUACAAUGCGAAAAGAACGUGUUUGGAUGGUUCAAACGGAACAACAGUACAUCUGUAUACAUCAGUGUUUGUUGGCGGUUUUAGAAGGAAAGGAAGUGGGCGGAACGCCAAGGGAAAUCCAUGAAAAUCAAGGUUUCGAGGAUGAUGAAGGAAUUGCUGAAUCAGGAAUGUGAUCAUUAAAAAAUUCCACUUUUGGGUUAUUAUGUCAUUUCAAAGCUAUUCAAACUUUUUGUUCUCUUAGUUAUUAGACCAUCAUUUUUUAUUUUUAUUUUUAAGGAUUUUCGUACUUAUUUUAUUAUUGUACUUAAGGUAUUCCGACAGUAUUUAAUUUUAUAUUGCAAGAGAAAUCUGAGGUUUAUUUUUCAUAUCGUACUUUCAAUGAUUAAUUUUAAUAUUUUUUUUUCGUUUGUUUUGUGAUUGUAAAAAUUGCAAUUUAUGUAAUUACUGAAUUGCUGUUUAAAUUGUAAUAAAUGAUCAAUUUAUGUUUAUAUUCUGUGAUAAAAAGAGGAAACAAAUUUGGUGGAAUUUUUGUGGAAUUUUUAAUUUACUUUUUUUUAUUUUUAU